AUGGAACAGUUACAGAAGCACUUAUCCUUUUCUCCGUCGACCGACAUCCCGUUGCUCCUCCUCACAUUUACGGCCAUCCUGCUGGCAACCAACUUGCUUCGGAAGUCCAAAAUCCCGCCGCCGCCGCUGCCGCCAGGCCCAUGGAAGCUCCCGAUCCUAGGCAACCUCCACCAACUGGCCCUGACCCCGUUCCCGCCGCACCGCCGCCUCCGCGACAUGGCCGAAAAGUACGGCCCCGUGAUGCAGCUCCAGCUCGGGGAGCUGCUUCACGUUGUGGUCUCCUCCCCGGAGGCCGCCAGGGACGUCCUGCGGACCCACGACGCGGUCCUCGCGUCGCGGCCGUUCGUCCUGGCGGCCGACAUCUUCUUCUACGGCCGCACGGGGAUCUCAUUCACCCCGUACGGCGACUACUGGCGGCGGGUCCGCAAGAUUUGCGUGAUGGAGCUGCUCAGCGACAGGCGCGUCCUCUCUUACCGCGCGGUAAGAGAGGACGAGCUGUGCGGCAGCAUGGUGCGCCGGGUGGCUGCCGCUGCCGCAACCACCGUGGAUCUCGGGGAGAUCCUGUACUGGGCAUCGAACCGCGUGAUCACAAGGUCGGCUUUCGGCGCGCUGCGCGAGAACACCGAGUCCUUUCUGGCCGUGGUCAACAGUAUGUCCGACGCGCUCAGCGGUUUGAGCGUCUCCGAUCUCUACCCUUCCAUCAGAUUUCUUCCGUGGCUGACCGGGUUUCGAGCUAAGCUCACCGCGUUGCAUCGAGAAGCGGAUCUUAUACUCGAGGAGAUAAUCAAUGAACACAAAGCCAGAAGGGGUAAUCAUGACGAUCGGUCAGCAGCAGCAGCAGCGGUGGACGAUAUCCUCGAUGUUCUUCUGGAUCUCCAGGAAGCAGAAGAUUGUAAUAGCUUGGAAUCUCCAUUGACGAAUGACAACAUCAAAGCAGUAGCUACAGAACUGUUCCUCGCUGGCAGCGGGACUGCGUCGGUAACAAUAGAGUGGAUCAUGUCCGAGAUCAUGAGAAAUCCGAGAGUACUGCGGAAAGUGCAGGAAGAAGUUCGACGAACAUUCCGUGGGAAGGGGAAAGUUGAUGAGCAAGGGCUCGACGACUUGAAGUACAUGAAUGCAGUUAUCAAGGAGGUUUUGAGGUUGCACCCUGACGGCCCGUUACUAGCUCCGAGAGAAAGUCAGGAGGAUCUGGUUGUCGGUGGAUAUCUUGUUCCAGCUCGAACCAAAGUCAUGGUGAAUGUCUGGGCAAUUGGGAGGGACUCGCGCUCCUGGGGUGCUGACGCCGAGAAAUUCGAUCCCGAAAGAUUUCUCGAUUGUUCGGUGGACUACAAGGGAAGAGACUUUCAGUUCCUCCCGUUUGGUGGGGGGCGGAGGAUAUGCGCUGGAAUUUCUUUCGGGAUGGCCAUUGUUAAACUCGGGUUGGCGAAUCUGCUCUACCAUUUUGACUGGGAACUCCCUGGUAAAACGAAACCCGAAGAUCUGGACAUGACGGAAAGAUUCGGGCUGACAUUGCGUAGGAAUAGUCCAUUGUGCUUGGUCCCCAUUGCGUUCAAUCCUGCUUCAUGA